AUGUCCAUCAAGCCGGAACCAGUGCAUUAUCAUUCAAAAUUGUCCUGCAUUCGCAACGCCCACGGCAAAAAGUAUUAUCCGUCGGUGGAAGUAACGGAUGCUGACAAGGAGGAUCUCAUGAUUCCUAGAGUGGCCUGUAUGUCACAGGACGACCAGGAAAACAUGACACUGAAAGUCACUUUGCUAAGUAGUGAGUGGAAAUCAUCAAUUAAUGGGGACUUGUCAACUAUCAACCGAGAGCUGGCCAUCCAGUUAGCUAAACACCCCAAUGUAGAUGUUAGUGUCUUGCUUCCAAAUUGCAGUGAAGCGGACAGGAGCAGUGCAGAAAGUCACAAUGUGAAGCUUGUCAAAGCAGAUAGAGUUCCUGGCUAUGAGCCAGUUCUUUGCCUGUCCUUUCCUCCGAGUGACCAUAAAAUAGACUGUGUCAUUGGUCAUGGAGUUCAUCUUGGCCGACCAAUUGCAUCCAUGAAGAGAAAUCCAAGUUACAGUCAUUGCAAAUGGAUUCAAGUUGUUCACUCUGCUCCUGAAGAAGAUGGAAUGUACAAAAACAUUUCAGAAGGUCAAAAAAUGCAAGAAACAGAAAUCCAACUCUGUAAAAUGGCUGAUCAAGUUAUCACAAUUGGACCCAAGCUGGCAGAAGCUUACAAGUGUUACCUUUGUCCAGUUAAACAGGACGAAAAAGUUUUUGACCUUACUCCAAGCAUUUUCUCUGAAUUUUUAGCAUUAGAGCAAGCCACUAAACAAAGAGGAACAUUCCGUAUUCUUUUAAUUGGAAGUGGUGACAGCUCUGAAGAUUUCAAAGUCAAAGGGUACGACAUAGCUGCCAAAGCAAUUGCUGAGUUGAAAGAUGAAUCCUACAAACUCAAGUUUGUCUGUGCAGCUGGAGGAAAAGAAGAUAUUUUAGCAGAAAAUUUGCUCCACCAUGGCAUUAGUCGUAAUCAGCUUAUUGUUUGCAGCUUUGAUGAUAGCAGAAAAAUGCUGGCAAACUUAUUCUGUGAAGUAGAUCUUGCAAUAAUGCCAUCCAGGACAGAAGGUUUUGGAACAACAGCUCUGGAAGCAUUAUCUGCUGGUCUGCCUGUACUUGUCAGUGGUAAUUCAGGACUUGGAGAAGCUCUGAAGAAAGUGCCUUUCGGCUCACAGAGUGUGGUAGACUCUGAAGAUCAUACAGACUGGGCUAGAGAAAUCAAGCGUGUCCGUCAGAAAGAGAGAGACGUGCGACUUUCAGAGUCAAGACUUCUACGUGAAAAGUACUUGGAGAAGUAUAGCUGGGAGGAGCCUUGUAAAAGUCUUGUUAUAAAGAUGAAGAACCUUGUCUUAGGUAAAGCUCUGCACAGCUCUCUAGACUGUGAAGAAACAGAGAGGAAUAAACAUGGAGAGUCUAUACCAAGUCAGUAA